UCCUGGACAAGGGGGUGCAUGGGGGAAACAUGGCCGCCGUAGACCCAUCGGAGCCUUCCAAACGACAGAAAUCCCCCCCGGAGGAGGUGCACACAUCUGGGGAGAAGACCGAUGCGGUGGAGUCAGGAUGCAGCUUCAAUCCCACCGAUGAUGAGCAGAGGGAGGGCUGCUGUGUUUCCAGACAUUCUGGGGUUAGAGCCGAAAACACGACAUGCAAUAAACUGGAGGACUUAAAGGCGGCUGGAAAAAUGGCCGAGGCUCGAAGCAGCGACCGACGGGGAUACGAAUGGUCCGAGGCUGAAGACGACGACCAGGAGAAGACACACAAGGGGGGGGACGAGGAGCCUGACAUCAGUAAUGCUACAGAGAGCGCUGGAGGGAUGCAGAAGGACACACGCGUUGACGAUGAAAUGACAGUCGACGCAGAGGAGAUUGAUGAGAAGGAAACAUCACAUCCUGAAGAGAAGAUCGCAGAGAAGGGACCUGCAGAGGAGCCGGUGGGAGAAGUGGACGGGGUAAGGGAGGCGAUUGAAGAUGUGGAAGAAGCAGACCGAGGAGAGGACGCCGGUUCGACUGUUAAGCCCAAAAAGUGCCGUUUGGUGUGCAAGGAGUGCGGCAAGAGGUUCACCCGCCGCGAGACCUUCAACCUUCACCGCCACUUUCACGCCCACGAGGACGAGCUCACGCCCCUUACCUGUAAAGAAUGCGGCCUUACCUUUCAGCACCGCAGCAGCCUCAUCAAGCACAGAAACGAACACAAAGAGAAGGAGGAACUGCUUGUUUCUCCGAAGAAGGAAACGCAAACAAAGGCGGAGGGUCGUUUUAAGUGUGCAGAAUGUGAGAGGGUCUUCUCGACAGUGGAUAAGCUGAGGGACCACAGCUGCUGCAAUAUAGUUGAAAAGCCUUACCACUGCCCUCUGUGCCGCCAAGAGUUCCAGUUCAAGGUGUCUGUCACGAAGCACAUGAUGCUCCACUCCCAAGAGAGCAUCUUCACAUGCCAAGAGUGCAGUCAAACUUUUCCAAACAGCAUGGCACUGCGCUACCACCAGCGAUGCCACAGCGCCCUGAAACCCUACGAAUGCCCAGAGUGCGGCUUGGUUUUCAAACACUACUCUGUCAUGGAAGACCACCGUCGCAAGCACACGGACAACAUGCGCUCUCACCUGUGCAACAUCUGUGGCAAGACCUUCAAGUACAGCAGCCUCCUCCAUCAGCAUCAGUAUCUGCACACGGGCCAAAAGCCCUUCCGCUGCCCCGAAUGUGGUAAAAAAUUUGCCUUUGCCCAGAACAUGAAGGCACACUGCCGCCAGCAUAGACUGCGCAAAAACAACCCCACCGCUGAGCAGCCUAGCAAGCCAGCCCCUGCCUCAGCACAAGAGACAGUUAGGGGGCCGGGAAAAGAGAACACACACCAGAGCGAUGAACCGAAACAAACUUUCAACUGCCCCCUUUGUCCCCAGACCUACUUAGUACCAGCUAACCUGAGAGCCCACAUGCUUAUUCACGAGGCCGAGUAUGAGACGCUGGAGAGAACACCCAGACACCCAAAGGAAAAUAACAAGCACUGGGAAAAAGGACACACCUGUCCCAACUGCCCGUCUGUCUAUCGUGAUGAAUCUAGUUUAAAUAUGCAUCUGUUGAGUGUCCACAAGUCCGUAGCACAACAUUUAGAAAAGGCGGCAACGCCACCUAAAAAUCAAUUUACUCCGUUAAGCAGUGAUAAUGUACAGGGGAAAUGGAAGAGCGAUGGCAUUAGUAUUAAGUCGUACAAGUGCUCUGAGUGUGGAAAAACCUUCCGCCACCGUUCAGUGUUAGAGCUGCAUAUGCGCAUACAUUCCAAGGACAAGCCUUACCAGUGCAAAGUGUGUGGCAAGGGCUUUAGAUUCGGUAGCUACUUACAGCAGCAUCUCAUCAUCCAUACAGGCAAGAAGCCAUACAAAUGUCCGGACUGUGGGAAGGACUUUGCCUUCCUGCAGAACAUGAAAACACAUCAAAAGCUGCAUCAGGAGAAACCGUUCCGCUGCACCAGCUGCCGCAAAGGCUACAGCGACGAGACCCAACUUCAGCACCACAUGUUAUCGCACAAUGGGGACAAACCCCACAAGUGUGACCUGUGCGACAAAAGCUUCGGAUUGGCCUAUCUGCUCCGGGAUCACAUGAACACACACACCGGAGACAGACCCCAUCGCUGUGAUGAGUGUCACAAAAGUUUUUCCUGGUUCAGCAGCCUGCUAGUGCACCAGAAGAUCCAUGCUCGCAAGCGCCAGGGUUUCAGCCAGUAUAAUUCUUUCCCGCUCGGUGCUAGGAUGAGAGGCAGAGGUGGCAGGGGGAGGAGAGGGGGGAGGCUCAUGUGGGGCUGGUCUAGGCAGUUGGGAAGUUCUGGGAUGGUUAGCUCUCAGCAGUCCCCGUACCCAGUUUCUGCACUGAGAGAUGCUGAGUUGCACAGAAGGGCGGCCCAGCAACAGUCUCCCAUGCUCGCACCGCGCAUGGACGUCCAAGGUAGACAGCAGAAGGAUCCGUGGUUGCCGGAGCUGCACCCUCAACCAGUGCAGUGGAAGGUAGACGGCGGAGAGGUGAUGCCUGUCCCAUCGUCACAGCAGCAGCAGCAUGCAGCUCCGCAGCAGACACAGUUUGACAGCACACCACAGGCCGUCCUGCAGCAGCACCAUCAGAGGGGUUCGGGCUGGGCAGAUCGCCCUUUGAUAACUCAGACAGGCCCCACAUCUGCUCACAGUUCAGAGUCAUCACACAUGAAAGAGAGUGCAGCUGCCGUCGUCAGCUCCCUCAUGACGGCCGUGCAUAACAAAUCCAGCACGUCAACAGUGAGCGAGAUGGGGCAGCACAAGCCUGUCACAUGGGGUAACGCGCACACGUCCACAGUGUUCGCUUCCACGAGCUCUUUGCAACAUGAUUUUUCUAUUCCUACGUCUUACAUAGAUGGGGCGGCUCUGUGGAGUAUCAGGCCUUCUCUACUAGCAAACUCACAGAGCUCUUCAAAUAUGCUCGGUCAAGAGCUUCAGCUGCCAAGAUGGGCAAGUGCCCCAGUGUCAAUACAAAAGGACCCAUCCUCACCUCAUACAAAAGAGGACACUGGAAGGUGGGAAAUAAGUAAUCCUCAAGUAAUGCCGUCGACUGUUAGCCUGCCAGAGAAGCCCUGGAACGGCUGUGAGCUGCAGAAGCAGUGGGUUUCAGGCUUAGCAGGUGUGUCCACCUCAGCUCAAAUAGACCAAAGCAGUGCUAUGCCAAUUUCAACUCCCGUGUCUCACGGGGUAGGUAGCACCUUGUGGGACAUACAAGCACCACCGGGAAUUCCAAAGACUAUAAAUCCUGAGAAAUUAGUAAAUACUCAAGAUUUUCAGCUGCAGCAAAAGCAGGUGUCUGCCUGGGCCAGUGUGCAGAGUCCGACAACGGCACAGAAGGUUCCCAUCUCCAUUCAAUACGACCCUCAUCGUUUUGGCCAUGGGUUGGGAACCCCAGUAUGGGGCUUCCAAAGUAAUCAAACGCUGCUCACUGGGCAACUCAAACCUGGGAAUGGACAGGAGUUGCAGCAGCAGCCAAUGGUAACAGGAACUCAAAUUAUCAUAAAUCAGCCUCCUCCUUUUUUCACGCCUCCACUUACUCCGCUCCCUCCUCUUGCUUUGCCUGGCCCACACCCUCUUCAUUCUGUCACACUCUCAAGACCCCCACCCCCAAAUAUUUUUUUCACACCACAGGCAGUAAUGAGCGAAAGGCCACACAUAACACAGACCCUGCCCCUACCUCAGCUGGCCCCACGGACAGAACCUCACAAACUUGGACCCCGUUUGCCUUUUGGCCCAGAACGGCUCCUCCAGUGCAUGAUAUGCGGGUGUUCUCUUCCCCGGGAGCUAGAUCUACAAAUGCAUUAUUUGCAACAUGCACAAGGAGAGAUUUGAGACAUUUCUACACUAGCACGAAGACUUAGUUGUGUGUGUUUUUUUUAUUUUUUAUAAUUUUUACUGAGUGGAACCUCAUUUAUUUGCAACCUUACUUUUGCAGUUUGACCAGCUGAGUGGAUGGGCAUUAGAACUAAACAAUAAAGCUAAAUUGAUUUAGUCUGCACACUUUAAUCACAUUUAAAGUUGUUCAGCGCCAAAUUAGAUUGGGUGUUUGUAAUUAGUUUCACCUUCUUUUUAAAUGCAUUUGAGUUAUCCAAAAAACUCGGUUUAAGCAACUCUUGAGGGGUGCAGAUUAAUGGGGUUCUAUGGUGUUAAAUAUUUUGCCAGUGGCAUUUAGAUUUGGAUAAUAUUAGUAAUUUUAUAGUUCCGUUCAUAUGUCCUGAACCAUUUUAACUGUUUCUUCAUGUACAGUAUACUGUGUGCCUUUUAUGAGUACAGUCUGCAUGUCUGCUGUCUUGGUAUUCUAGGCAUAGUUUGUGAUUAAGGUAGACUCAACAAUGUGACCUCACUCCCAAACCACAGAGCAACUCUUUCUAAGAUACCUUAAAGAAAUGUAAGUUUUUGCUUUUGAGGAGGAGAGGAUGGGGUCGUCGUGCUCACCAAUUACAUGUGUCAGAACAUACAGUCCAAAGCUGACUAUAUAUUUCACGAUCCUGUUGGGAAGCAACUUGUAGUCACAAAGCUAUUGACUGGGUCCAAAUAUCUCACAAGUAAAGUUCUCAACAUGGUCAUUUUGUCAAAGCGAAAGUGAGUGUAAACAAAAUGUGACAGUUACAUGUAAAGGUAAUUUCACAGUAAGAGUUCUCUGUUGAUUUAUCAGUGAUUAUCGCUAACAGGGAGAAAGUGUCACUACAACAUUUUUGAUGACACUGUUGUCAAAUAGUGAAUUUUGUAAAAAAACAACAACAAUUACUUGCAUUUAUGUUAACAUUUGUCAUUAACAUUAAUCAUAAUGACAAGACAAACUGAUUAUAUAAAAUGUAUCUUUGGAUCCAAUCGGUCCGGUCAAAUUCAGCUAAUUACUGGAAAUGUGUCAUGACAGAUAUACUUUAAAAUUAUAUUUUAAAAAUAUUCUGGGUGGCAGUACUUAGCACCUACUGUAAACUGAUGAGUACCAUGUAAUGUGUAUCUCGCUCUAGAAUAACUAUUUCAGAUUGGAAUGAACCCGUAUUUAUAAAAUUAAGUCCACUUUUGAGUACAAUGCAAUGUAUUUUUUGUGAAUACUGAAUGAUUUCAUUCCUUAACUGUAGAUUUAGCCAAGUACAGAAUCCCAUCUCCUCUGUUUUGACAAUGGGCUUUGGGUAGCUUUGGUGACCCAAUAAGUGACUGAAAAUCACUACUACUACAUUACUCCUGUAAAAUAAACAAGCGGUCCAUUUGUACAAAAAAAACCGUCCCUGUGUGUCUUACCAUUCAGCGUCUUAAGUUUAAAAAACAUGUGCCCUUCUACCUCUAUCCACUGUUUUAGCAUGGAAAGAAAUAGAAAUUUCCCCAUGAUGUCUACAUAUUGGAUUAAAUAAAA